CAGACUGGGGCGAAGGUUCAUCUUCCAACAGGACAACGACCCUAAGCACACAGCCAAUACAAAGCAGGAGUGGCUUUGAGACAAGUCUCUAAAUGUCAUUGAGUGGCAUAGCCAGAGCCCAGACUUCAACCCGAUCAAACAUCUCUGAAGAGACCUGAAAAUAACUGUGCAGCAAUGCUCCCCAUCCAACCUGACAGAGCUUGAGAGGACGUGCUGAGAGGAAUGGGAGAAUCUCUCCAAAUACAGAUUGUCAGUAAAAUAUUACUAUUAAACAAAGUAAUAGCGAGUUGACCGAUAGUUUGCCAAAACCAUAAAAUCAUGGACGAGGACGGUUUACCGAUUGUGGGAUCGGGAAUAGAUCUGACCAAGGUCCCAGCCAUACAACAGAGGAGAGUCGUUGCCUAUCUCAACCAGUUCAUUGUGCACACUGUUCGGUUCCUCAAUCGUUUUUCGACAGUUUGCGAAGAGAAACUUGCAUGCAUAUCUCUUCGGAUACAGCAGAUUGAAACUACCCUCAGCAUUUUGGAAGCAAAGCUAUCCUCUAUUCCUGGUUUGGAGGAUGUCAGGGUGGCGGGUGUUGGUCAGCGGCCAGCUACGGAGGUCAACUGUCCAGCCGUGGUCCCAAGUCAACCAGAGACCCCUAUAGCUUUGCCUGUGCCAUUGCCACCUCCUGAGGCCUCUCCAAACAUACCAGACCCAAGAGCAGCAGAUGCAGCAGGAGACAAUAGGAUGACUGUGGCCAAGGACCCACGCUAUGCCAGAUAUCUCAAGAUGGUGCAAGUGGGUGUUCCAGUUAUGGCGAUAAAGAAUAAAAUGGUCCAGGAAGGUUUGGAUCCAAACCUGCUUGACACACCAGAUGCACCUGUGCCUGAUGCCGUCAAAAAGAACACACUAGAUCAAGAUGAUGACAGCAACGAUGGCAGUGACUCAUCUUUCAGCGAUUGAUCUGCUGUUUUAGCCAUGAAGCUGCCAAUAGGGAACUUCCUUCCCUGUCAUCUGUGCUCCAGGCCUUUUCCACUGUGCUGCUGCAGGGGCACAGAAGGACUAGAUGCCAGUGUGUGCUUGACAGGCAGAACUGCAGUGCUACCAGACAAAGUCCCACUUCUGCGGAUGAUCUCCAGGGAGGCAUGAGACUUACAAAAGCAGGCAGAUUAAGUAUCUGAAAUGCAUUGUAGAUUGAGUGAAUGUAAACGAGAAAGAGUUGAUCAUGUUUGUCUCCAGGUCAGCCACUGAUCUUGUGGAUGUUAUAUUUUUGUUUCCAUUUCUUCUCCUGAAACAUUUGAUUGGACAUGGUGUGUCUAUGUAGUUUAGCAGUAAAACAGAUGGAAUGACAACCAUGGAAAGUAUCUACCAGAUAAUCGAUUAGUAAUUGAUCAUUCUUUCCUUUAGACUGCACCUGGGCAAACAUGCCUCUGCCCCUUUUGUCAAUAUCAUGUGAACAGUGUAAUGCCUUUGAAAGAGAUUGUGUGGCAGCAGGUAGCCUAGCGGUUGAGAGAGUUGAGCCAGUAACCGGAAUGUUGCUGGUUGGAAUCCCCGAGUCAACAAUCUGUCUGCCCUUGAGCAAGGCACUUAUUGCUACUGUAAGUCGCUCUGGAUAAGAGUGUCUGCUAAAAGACAAAAAUGUAAUUGUGCUUUGUUUUAUUUUGACAGUGAUGUCUGCAUGUUACACUUGUGAGAGGGGGAUAUGUUGUAUCAUUUCCAUAAUAAUGUUUGUGACAACAUUUGAUGGGUACUGCUUUACACUCCAACUGCUGUAUGAAGAAUGUCAUGCAGAAAUGUUGACUGUUCUCUGGCCGAUUCGUCAUUUUUAAUUUAGACAUUAAGCUGCGAAAUGUAACUGUUCCUGGAGUGAACAAUGUGAAGAACAAAUUAAGGAAAUUGCACUUUUGGGUAAAUCUAUCAUGGGAAAAAACACCACUAGUUGUGAGCAAUGUGUCAAUUGCAAUGGUACUGUGUAGACUAAAUUAACAGUAGUACCUAAUGUGAAUUCACCUCAAUCUUCUAAAAUGAUGCAACUUAAUCCCAGAUCUAACCAUGGCCCUUGGAUCCCACUGUUGUGAAGGCAUUAUGCCUUGGCCUUUAAGUCAAGAGAGUUUUAUACAAAAUCCCUUUUAUCCAAACAAAUGCUCAGAGAUCCAAAUCAUCUUCACAUUGUUUGUAGUCGUCUCUGGACAGAACACUGCAGUGAUGGGAGUUUUUCAAUUGAUUAUGAAAGAGGGUAGAUUGAGAGGUGUUAGACUGGAAAGCACUUUGUUCACAAGCGCAAGGCAAGCAGCAUUAAGAUCUGUGUGUUUAUGCAGUUUAGCCUGAAAAAUAAAGAACACAUUUUGCCUAAAAAUGUGGACAUCAUUUUA